UGACGGGCACCGAAAAGGGGGAAAAGUUCUCGUCAAGGAUGGUUUUCGGUAUUUGAGGAACAAAGUGACUAAAACUACAAUAUACUGGAGAUGCUGGAAACCAAUAUGCGGCUCUCUUGUCCAAACAAAUGUAUUUGACGUCCGUUCCGAUAAUCCGAACAUUAAUAUCUGGAGAGAGACAGAUCAUAAUCACGAAUCUGACGACGACAUGAUCGAAUAUGCGAGAUUUGUUAUGGAGUUAAAAAAAGAAAUUAGAAGAAAUCCGUCUACAACAAUUAAGCGAAUUUAUGAUGCUGGAUUGAUUAAAAAGGUGCGUAGAGGAGAUUCUCGGGAAUUUAUACCCGAUUUUUUAAAGAUACGACCUAUCUUGGCACGGGCAAGAAGAAAAAUCCUACCUUCAGUUCCGAAAACCACUACAGAUGUUGUUAUUGAGGGCCAAUGGACAAAGACUUGGUCUAAUUAUGAUUUUCUCUUGGACCACGAUGUAGACUGGGGAGUGACACUUUUUGGGACGGCAGAAAACAUUCGACGACUUCAAAAAUGUAAAGAUGUAUACAUGGAUGGGACAUUCCGGACUUGUCCAAAUCCUUAUACCCAAGUUUUUACCAUUCACGGGAAUUAUAGAAAUAGAGUGCUGCCAUUCGUUAUGGGGUUGAUGGUGGGUCGAACGGUAGGGCACUAUCGUCACGUUUUGGGCGUUGUCAAAGCAGCAGUGAGAAGAGAAUCGGGACAUAGAUGGAGACCUAGAAAAGUAAUUUCAGACUUCGAGCCAGCACUAACCAACGCCAUUGAAACUGAAUUACCAAAUGCUGAGCUUAGUGGUUGCUAUUUUCAUUUUACUCAAAGCCUGUGGAGUAAGAUUCAAGAAUUGGGACUCGCAACAAGAUACAGAAGACACAUACGAUUACGAAAAUGUUUACGCAAAUUUAUGGCGAUUGGAUAUCUGCCCGUAGCCUUAGUAAGGGCCAAUUUUCAAACUUUGGCAACAGCUCCAAGAACUUUACGACUAAUUAGACGUUGUCCAGAGCUACAAGAUUUCAUAACAUACAUGGAGAAUAAUUAUUUAGAAGGCGCCUUUCCACCAGCCUUGUGGAAUGUCCAUCAGAGAGAUAUGGAUAACCGCACCAACAACCAUGUAGAAGCAUUCCAUUGUGUAUGGAAUAAAAUAGUCUCAGAACGUCAUCCAUCUUUAUGGAUUUUCAUUCGUCAUAUCAAAGAUCUUCAAUCUAACGUCGAGAUCUCAGCUGAUGCGGCAGACAGAGGAGACCCUUCUCCAAAAAGAAGGUUAAAAUGGCGGCAGCUGGAGGCUAGAAUUACACGGCUGAAAGAUGAGUAUCACAGUGGGAGACGAAACCUUACAGAUUUUUGGGAUGCUGUAGCACACUGUAUUUCACAAUUUCGAUAAAACUGUAAAUGUCACAUUACACCAUCAAU